AUGUCCUAUCGACGUCCUCUGUCGUCACCGACCAAAAGUGGUGCUCAACGUCCUGUAUCUGCACUAGAACGCGCACAAGCCUUUUUGCGGGGUGAGCGACUUCCACCGUCACCUCGAACACCGACAAAAUGGACAAAGAAUGCGGACGUACGAAGCAGCAGCGACGAUGUAGACAGCGAUGAAAAGUCAGAGAAUGAUUCCGAUCAUGAGCUUCAGCAGUUCCUGGAUACUCUUGCUAAAAAGAAGCCAGAUACACCCACGUCACGGAUAAGUACACCUCAGCCUGUUAAACGACCUGCAUCAUCAUAUCUCAAGCAAUCGAGAGCCACUUCUGCCCCUGAAAAUGCGCCUUCAUCCCCAGCACUUUCGGCAACAUCUUCUAGACAGUCGUCUGCGUCGAAUAGGAACAGACCAUCGUCGGCAUUGAUGCGUAUGCAGAGUUUCAGGAAAAUGGAACCGGCGGGGAAUGCGAAAGUGAUUCAGAGCGAGAGUGAAAGCGAGAGUGAUAGUGAUGUUGGCAGUGACUUUGAGAAAUUUAUGAAGAAAGGGGCGAGGAGUAGUAUGCGUGAGAGCAAGGAUCUCGAAGAGGAAGAUGAGGUCGAGAAAAUGAGCGAGAUCUCUCCUCUGGCAAAGCAGAUUGUCCAAGAUGCUGGGCCAUCUGCUGUACCAACAUCUUCCCACAAGCAAAUGGACUCUCUCCCUAAGACACCCGUCCGCUCUAAUUCCACCACAAGCUCCACGUCUUUGUCAUCUACUACCACCAACUCCUCUUCGCUUCCCAAAACACAAGGGCUCCAAAGCAACUCCGUUCAUCCUCCUUAUUCCAAACGCUCCUCAGAAAACAGUAGCAAGGGAGGGAACUUUGAAAGCGACAGUAGCAGUGCUAUUGAGAGCGAUUUUGAUACCUUUUUGUUGAGAAAAGAGGACGUGCGGAAGCGGGAUGCUGGCGUGAAGGGCGAUAAUGCGACUCCUAACCUUGCCAAUACAAAGGAGAGGGUCAGCGAGGCGACAGAAGAGAAUCGUGGGAAGAUGGAUGAGACGAAAGUAGAGGAUCUGGAAGCCACGAGCAUUCACACGCUCGAGGAUCAAAGGCCGUCUGUGUCAGCACCCAGGCCGCAAGCGGAACUAGAAGCACAGGCUGCUGUUGAGAAUCAGAGGGUAGCACCACAGUUGCCAGUAACGACUACUACCGCACCACCCCCACCAUUCCAAUACGUACAAUCUGCAGUCUCGGGGCCGCAUAUCCCAGUAGCACCUCCAACACAUCCGUACCCAAUUCCCCCACAACCUAUACUCCCAACAGCCUAUCCACCACCUUUCCCACCGCCUACAGCCUACCCUCAGCCUCCUUACCAGCCACCACUGACAGUGUCCUACCCACCGUUUUACCCUUACUACCCACCACCUUACGCCUGGACGUCUGCACCGCAGUGCACAGAACAGCAUGCAUGUAGAUGUUCACAUGAGACGAGACAUGUCCUUGCUGACGAGAGAGAUGAACGUGAUGAGAGACAGGAGAGGAGAAGAAGACGCCGAAGACGGGGAAAAAGGAGGGCACAGCGGAGGGAUGGAAGCGAUCAAGAAAUCGACACACCACCGCGCACAGAGAGAUAUACAUCGUCAUCACCACCUGUACAUAAUAGUGAUUCCAGUCUCGCAGAACAAUAUCCCUUACCAACUCAUCACCCAGCCCUCCAAACUCUCCAUGCCCUCAUCAAAACCCACCUCACGUACAUCCAGAACUUCGUAGCAGCAAGUUUCGACAUGGCCGCUGCAGAGAGUGCAUCAUAUCGAUGUAGAAAGUACACUACUUUGGAGGAAACCAAAAAGUUUUUAAAACAACGAGCCAAAGCCCCGUUAACGAUGGACGAGGCGAGGAAAUUGGUGGAAGAAGAGGAACGGUUGUGAACUGUGACCUUUGUAUAUUACCGAUGCUUGUAUAUAGACAUGCAAUUUACAACUUGCUUGUUCCCAUCGCCGGGUACCC